AUGGCUCGAGCAAGAGCUGAUACCGGGAAUUUUCCCAAAGAGCCUCACUCUGUAUCGCUGAAGGGUAGGCUUUCACGUCCGUCCCUAGCGCAGCAACAUCCUUUGCCACGGGAAAGCGACACCAAGAUACCUCACACAGCAUCGCUGGCGUAUCCGUCCAAGAAUGCGGACCAAGAUUUCAUACUAUCCAGCAAUCUGGGCUUACCGCCUUCGUUCGGAUCCGCCCACGUGGGAGAAACAUUCUCUUGCGCAUUAUGUGCCAAUAAUGAGCUUUUGCCAGGGAAGACAUUCAGAACAGUCUCAGGCACCAGGAUCCUAGCAGAAAUGCAGACUCCAUCUCAGUCAGUGGCUUUAGAUCUCCAUCGUGCUGACACCGAUGACAAAGAUCAAACUGGGCCCGGUAACGCUUUGCAGAGAAUUAUCCGAUUCGACCUGAAAGAAGAAGGCAACCAUAUUCUGGCCGUUAAUGUCACAUAUACAGAAACCACAUCAGGUGAUGGCCAAGCUACCAGCGGCCGCGUCCGAUCUUUUCGAAAACUGUACCAAUUUCUCGCCCAGCCUUGUUUGAGUGUGCGGACUAAAGCGACAGAACUGGCGGCCGUUGAAAUUCCCGACAAGAGUUACGGUCCAUAUGGUAGAGCCACGUUGGUCCGAUACGUGUUGGAGGCUCAACUGGAAAAUGUCUCAGAUGCCGCAAUUGUGCUUGAAGAGGCAAGGCUACAACCAAAGGCGCCGUUCAAGUCCACUUCGCUUAACUGGGAUGCCGAAAAAGAUAACGGCAUUGCCUCAGAGAGUCCUGUCCUCAACCCUCGCGAUGUAGCUCAAGUGGCAUUUCUUGUUGAGCAGGAGCAAGGUGUUUCAGAAGGCCUGGAGGGCCUAAAAAACAGCAUGAGGCGGGAUGGGAGAGCGGUCCUUGGUCAGCUUGCGAUUCAAUGGCGUACUUCUAUGGGCGAACGAGGCUCUCUCAGUACAGGAAAUCUAUUGACACGGCGUAGAGCACCCUAG